AUGGAGGUGGUGGGUCAGGACAGGGGCUAUCCGCUUUUCAGGAAUGACGCCCCAAUUUCUCCGACCAGCAGAUCUGCACGAUUGGCAGACGACGACGCCAUAUCACCUACGAGACGCGUACAAACCGCAGGAGAGUUCACAGCCGAACCACCGCGGCGACGUAGCUCCGGGCUUCCUAGACGUACUGGCAGUGCAAUAAGGUCCAGCAUAGCUCCUCGAACUACUCUGGCACCGGGUGGGUUCGGUCUGGGAGGCCCCGACGAAACGACUCAAUUGCAUCUGGCCCACCAGCCUUUUGUGCAGCCAGGUUAUGCCGACCUAAACCCAGCGUACGAGCAGCCUAACAAUGCGAAACCAGUCUGGUCCUUGGCCAAGCCGUUGCCGCGUGUGGUGCGGCCUGGCAUGGUGCCCACGAAAGAAGAGUUGCUUCAGAAUCGCAUAAAUGCCCAGCUUCCAGCUGAGAACUCCCAGAGAGUGGGGUUAGAAGUCGACCCAAAUGAUCUCGAGCAAGGCCGGAUUGAGCCAACUGUUGAUCCGCGCAAAAUAGCGGCUCAAGUCAAGGAUGCUCGGCUGCAGAGAGAGAACAAUUUCAUGAACAGAGUUCUCACGGGCGAUACUACCUCUCAGAGGCAAGGCUCACGGCUGUCCCGCUCCUCUUCAACUCGUUUGGGGCGUCCAUCAUAUUUUGAGGAGCAACCCGACCAACUGCCCCCGCUGAGCGAGGGGCCCUCCCAAGCGACCGAUGGUACAGAGACCGGACGCCCUCCCGAGUACACCACUGAGGAGCCUCUCGAGCCUGUGCCAGAGGAGCCACAUGGUAUUGCAGACGAGGCCGACGACAAGGUUGAGUGGCCUGCGCUCGACAGCUCAGCUUACCCCGAGGAUCUACAUCCUCUGAUAAACGAACUGGUGGAAGAUGAAGUUCACAACAACCAUACUACCUGGUCUGUUAUUCGCACCAAACAUCGGGAGGCGUUAGCUGAGGCACUGGCUGUCUUUGUGCAGCUCACGAUUGGAUUCUGCGCGGAUCUCUCUGUGACUGUUGCCAAUGCUGGGAAUCCAAACACCACUGCAUGGGCGUGGGGCUUCGCUACCAUGAUCGGUAUCUACAUAUCUGGUGGUAUUUCCGGUGCUCAUCUCAACCCUGCAGUUACUAUUCUUCUCUGGUUCUAUCGAGGAUUUCCCAAGGCAAAGAUGCCCGAAUACUUUGCCGCGCAAUUCAUCGCGGCGUUUUGCGCUGGCUUAGCGGCAUACGGACUCUACUACCACUCCAUCGAGGUCUAUCAAAGCAACCAUGCCGACAUUGCGGUGGUGAAUAGUUUUGUGACUAGUCAGCGUGAAGCGUGGAUCGGCCCGGCGACAGCGUUCUUCAACGAGUUCCUGGGUACAACACUCUUAUCUGUGACUAUCCUGGCUCUGGGUGAUGACCAAAAUGCUCCGCCCGGUGCUGGUAUGAACUCUCUCGUCAUUGGACUCGUCAUUACCUGUCUCACGUUGGCAUUUGCUUAUCAGACUGGAGCUGCGCUGAACCCCUCCCGAGACUUUGGUCCUCGUCUGGCUCUUCUGGCUCUGGGGUAUGAUGACAGCUUGUUUCUCAACCCCUACUGGUUCUAUGGCCCUUGGGCAGGCACAGUGUGCGGCGCCUUUAUAGGAGGCUUCUUGUACGACUUUUUCAUCUUCACUGGAGGUGAAUCUCCUGUGAACUAUCCUUGGGAACAGACGCAGCGGUCGUUGAAGAAGAGCCGCAUGAAGUGGAAGCGUCGUCUCCAUAUCGGCAAACAACAGCCGGAUGCGGCUACACAAGGUCCCGUCGGUCCCGUCGGUCCCAUCGGCGGCUGA